AUGUUGGCCAAGAGCGAAACGUAUCUAUCUAUCUAUCUAUCUAUCUAUCUAUCUAUCUCAUUGUUUAUCAUCUAUCUAUCUAUGUAUCUAUCUAACUCAUUCUGUCCAUAUCUAUCUAUCUCAUUCUUUUCACAUCUAUCUAUCUAUCUAUCUAUCUAUCUAUCUAUCUAUCUAUCUAUAACAGACAUUCAUUUUCUGUUCAUGUUUAUCUAUCUAUCUAUCUAUCUAUCUAUCUAUCUAUCUAUCUAUCUAUCACAGACAUUCAUUUUCUGUACAUGUUUAUCUAUCUAUCUAUCUAUCUAUCUAUCUAUCUAUCUAUCUAUCUAUCUAUCUAUCUAUAACAGACAUUCAUUUGUCUCUCUCCCUCUCUCUCUCUCUCUGCCUAGUGAACGUAAUGUAUCCUCAGUCUGUACAUGUCUCUAUCUAUCUAUCUUCUAUCUAUCUAUCUAUCUAUCUAUCUAUCUAUCUAUAACAGACAUUCAUUUGUCUCUCUCCCUCUCGCUCUCUCGUACUCCUGACCGUGAUAUAUCUCAGUCUGUACAUGUUUAUCUAUCUAUCUAUCUAUCUAUCUAUCUAUCUAUCUAUCUAUCUAUCUAUCUAUCUAUCUCAUAA